AUGAAAGCCAUUAUUUAUCUAAUUGCAGUCUUGUUGUUGUUGGUGUUGUCGGCCAUCAAAUCUGUGGUCAGCAAUAAGUCUUCAAAGAAUUUCUGUGACGAAUAUAGAAAAAAUGGUCACAAAAUUGAUGUUGUAUUUCGUUUCUCUGAAGACAAUAAUUAUGAUAAAACAGAAUCAAACAAAUACUUCUUCAUCGAUAACAACUGUUGGCAAUUGACAUACAGUGACGGCUUUCAGAAAACCGUUACAAUGGAUACGUUUAACACUAUCGAUAAGUUUGACACGUUUUCCGGUAAAAUUUACUCCAUGGCCUGGACAAUACGUAUUAAAAUAGAUGCUUAUUUUGAUGCUAUCGGAGCUCUCCGAAAAGAUUUGAAAAAUAUUGAUUGGUGGCACAAAGAUUUUCCGUCAAACUUUAAGCCGACACUUGCCUGGACUCCGUUGAAUAUAACUAAAGAUUAUCCAAUCGUAACAUUUAUGGACAACAAUAACAACAACGAUGUGAAGACACGAGUAUAUAAUUUUUCAACUUAUGAUAAACCGAUCGACAAUAUCUAUGGAUUAAGCGAAAAGCAAAAGUUUUUUAUUGAAGGAAAACAAGAGAUUAAGAUCAAUAGUGUAACCAAACUGAUGGCAAUUGUCAGACAGUAUAGUCGUUAUGAUUUUGUCAAUGGAAAAGGUGGUGAAAUGGGUGGUCAGGGAUCCAUUGUGUUCACCAAUGAUGGCGACAAUUCUGUCAUCAAAUACUGUUAUGUGGGAAAUCCAUUCAAUGAGACGGCCUGUAAACCAAAUAAUCUAAAGACACUCAUCAAAUGUUCACCUAAAUCAACAACAACUACACCUAAGACAACAGCAACUCAUAAGACAACAUCCAUACCUAAGACAACAACAGUCAUAACUACAACAACUGCAGUCUUGUUGUUGUUGGUGUUGUCGGCCAUCAAAUCUGUGGUCAGCAAUAAGUCUUCAAAGAAUUUCUGCAACGAAUAUGUAAAAAAUGGUUACAAAAUUGAUUUUGUAUUUCGUUUCUUUGAAGACAAUAAAUAUGUCAAAACAGAGUCAAACAAAUACUUCAUUAUCGGUAACAACUGUUGGCAAUUGACAUACAGUGACGGCUUUAAGAAAUCCGUUACAAUGAAUAUGUUUAAAACUAUCGAUAAGUUUGACACGUUUUCCGGUAAAAUUUACUCCAUGGCCUGGACAACAAGUAUUAAACUAGAGGAUUAUUUUGAUGCUAUCGGAGCUCUCCGAAAAGAUUUGAAAAAUAUUGAUUGGUGGCACAAAGGUAUGAAUUAUGGCAUAAACUUUUUUGAUACGUCGACAAUAGAUUUUACGUCAAACUUUAAGCCGACACUCGCCUGGACUCCGAUGAAUAUAACUGAAGAUUACCUAAUCGUUACAUUUAUGGACAACAAUAACAACAACGAUGUGAAGACACGAGUAUAUAAUUUUUCAUCUUAUUAUAAACCGAUCGACAAUAUCUAUGGAUUAAGCGAAAAGCAAAAGUUUUUUAUUGAAGGAAAACAGGAGAUUAAGAUCAAUAGUGUAACCAAACUGAUGGCAAUUGUCAGACAGUAUAGUCGUUAUGAUUAUGCUAAUGGAAAGGGUGGUGAAAUGGGUGGUCAGGGAUCCAUUGUGUUCACCAAUGUUGGCGACAAAACUGCCAUCAAAUACUGUUAUGUGGGAAAUCCAUUCAAUGAGACGGCCUGUAAACCAAAAAAUCUAAAGACACUCAUCAAAUGUUUCCCUAAAACAACAACAACUAUACCUAAGACAACAACAACUCCUAAGACAACAUCCCUAUCUAUGACAACAUCCAUACCUAAGACAACAACCAUUCCUACAUUGACCGGCACUCAAACUAAUGGUACAAAUAAUUGGUUUAAAUGGUUGAAAACAACAUUUCUUAUUGUGGUUAAUGUAAUCCUAUUGAUACUCAUUUGUUUGAUGACAUAUUUGGUUUACAAGCAAUGGUUAAAACGAUGCACAAAAUAA